CGAGUACAGAGCCCAGAGGAGUUGAGAGGCGGUGACCUCAUCGUCGUCGCGAGGCGGAGCGAACCGCUGCAACUUUAGAUGAACUUCUGAUUUGAACAAACCGAGAGGCGGUCGGCGGAGUGCACGACAACAACAGACGCGAAAGGUGAACAGAUACGAAGUAUUUACAGCCUGUUCGUUUUUAUCUUUACCGGCCGUGACGGUGUGUGUACGCCGGUGACUGGCCAACGAGAGCGUUAUUUUUCCUCUCUUAAACGCCGACAAGGUGGAAAUUAAUAAAGGGAAACCUCUUCUGACAACACACACACACACAGGAUUAAAGGAAGACCUAUCCUGGUCAUUGUUCAUCACAGCUGGAUGGAGUCGCCUCUCUGAUCUGAAGGAAUCCCUUACUAUUUGAGUUCCUGAGUUGGUCUUGUCCAGACUGAAUUGAGUUCUCGUCCAGUAUGGUUGCAAUGGAGACUGCUUUUUAGAGACUUCAGCUGUGAAAGUUCACCAUUAAAACAUUUCUGUUUAUCAAGUUUCUUCAAGCAUCAAAUGUAUUCGUGAAACUCUCAUCACUUCAGUCAGUGGGCAUUAUGUUGACCAUAGUCUAAACCCAUCAGCAACCCAUCCCUACCUUUUUCUUCCCAUCUUCCCUCCCCACACCCUUCCCCAUCUCCAUCAUGACCAGUCUGAAGCGUUCUCAGACAGAGCGCUCGGUCGGGGGCUCAGUUCCGGCUUCUGAUGAGUUUUAUACACGCCGCUUGCGAUUGCCCAAUGGAGGGGCACCACCACCCCGCAGUGAAAGCGCCCACAUCUCCUCUUCCUCGACCACUGGCACCAACCCCGGCGUUCCCAAGAUGGGGGUUCGUGCUCGUGUGGCUGAUUGGCCCCCAAGGAAAGAUGGGGGAGGAGGGGGUGUUUGGCAUAUCACUGUGGAAACAGACUCCCCUAGCUCUACAAACACCACUAGCUCUUCAGGAUCAGGAAGUGGAGAUAGAGAAAGACUUGGAGGAGGGGGAGGUGGAGGUAGUAGUAGUGGAGGAGGAGGAGGAGGAGUUGGAGGUGGUGGUGGAGGAGGAGUUGGUGGUGGCAGUGGAGGAGGAGGGGUGUCAGCCGUCACAGCCCACAGCAAUCUGUCAGCCAAGCUGGGCCACCUGAUAAGCCCACAAGACUCAUCCAUGCUGCGCAACAUCCACAACACACUAAAGAGCAAGAUGCAUGGCAAGGGAAAGGACAAUCGCUUCCUGUCACCGGAUGGCUAUCUGGGCUCACCUCGCAAAGGCAUGAGGCGCAUCCGUCAGCGCAGUAACAGUGAUAUAACUAUCAGUGAGCUGGACGUGGACGGUAAUGAGGGCUGGUCAUUCUCCGGGUGGACACCCAUGCACCGUGAGUAUGGCAGCACCUCAUCCAUAGAUAAACAUGGUGUGUCAGGAGAGAGCUUCUUUGACAUGCUCAAGGGAUACCAGUCCUCUGAGGCCCCUGAUCAGCGAAGCCCAGCUCCAGAGAAGCUCACAGAGCUACUUACUGUGGCCCCAACAAAACAGGCUGCCCUUGACUUGCCAGAUGGACCAUUAGGUCCAGCCAGAGGUAGUCCUGCCAGCCGGCUGAAGGAAAGAGAAAAGCACUUGAAGAGGAGGUCAAAGUCAGAGACAGGGGGAGAGUCAAUAUUCCGCAAGCUGCGCAGUGUGAAGGUGGAGGGUGACUCAUCGAGGGCUGGCUCAGAUGCUGAAGAUGGAGGGAAAGGGGAUGAGAGUGGCCCACCUCCCAAACCCUGGGCAUGUCAAAAAGGCUUUGCUCAUUUUGAUGUCCAGUCUCUACUCUUUGACCUCAAUGAGGUAAUCCAUAGUCGGCAGUCUGGGUCCAAGCGUAAGAACACCACUACCGGUGCCUCGGCGGCUGCUGCGGCCUCUGCUUCGGCCACAUCCUCCCUCUCCUCCAAUCAGAGUGGAGUGUACGGGUCACCCUGUGGUUCACAAGAGGAGCUGAGCAAGGAGGGGACAGGAGGAGGACACGGUACCAGCCCUGUCUUGGACCCUGGUGAUGACAAGAGUAAUGACCUGGUGCUCAGCUGCCCUUGUUUCAGGAAUGAGAUUGGUGGAGAGAGAGAGAGGAACAUCUCUCCACCUAAACAGGGCAGCAUAGGCAGUGGUGGCAGCUCAAGCAAUUCCUCUGGAAGUACAGAGGAAGGACCUUUGGAUGCCAUCCUCACUACUCAUUUUACUAACGCUGGUGUGGCUGUGUUGGAGGCUGCCAAGGACGGGCCAAGCCAACAUGCUGACAGGUCCAAACGUUACAUUAUGGAACAUGUUGACCUCGGCACCUAUUACUACCGAAAGUACUUCUACCUCAGAGAACACUGGAACUACCUGGGGGUAGAUGAGAACCUGGGCCCAGUGGCAGUGAGUUUGAGGAGAGAGAAAUUGGAUGAACACAAGGAGCACGGCCAGCAAUACAACUUCAGGGUCAUCUUCAGAACGAGUGAGCUGAAUACCCUGAGGGGCUCCAUCCUGGAAGAUGCAGUACCUUCCACAUCUAAGCAUGGUCUAGCUCGAGGCCUGCCCCUCAAAGAGGUGCUGGAGUACCUGGUGCCUGAGCUCAACGCACACUGCCUGCGCCUGGCACUCAACACACCUAAGGUCACCGAGCAGCUAAUGAAGCUGGAUGAGCAGGGGUUAAGUUUCCAGCGGAAGGUGGGGGUGAUGUACUGCAUGGCAGGCCAGAGCAGCGAGGAGGAGAUGUACAACAAUGAAUCGGCUGGUCCUGCACUGGAGGAGUUCCUUCAUCUGCUGGGGGAGAGGGUUAGACUCAAAGGCUUCACCAAGUACCGGGCCCAGCUGGACACCAAGACUGACUCGACGGGCACCCACUCCAUGUACACCACUUACAAAGACUAUGAGCUCAUGUUUCAUGUGUCUACUAUGCUGCCAUACACACCCAACAACAAGCAACAGUUACUCCGGAAGCGUCACAUUGGGAAUGAUAUCGUCACGAUCGUGUUCCAGGAACCCGGUGCGCUCCCCUUCACCCCCAAAAAUAUUCGCUCACACUUCCAGCACGUCUUUGUUGUUGUGCGUGCUCACAACCCAUGUUCCGACAACAGCUCCUACAGUGUUGCUGUCACUCGUUCCAAAGACGUGCCCUCUUUUGGUCCCCCUAUUCCAGAAGGUGUGGCUUUUCCCAAGUCCUCUGUGUUCCGGGACUUCCUGCUGGCCAAGGUCAUCAAUGCAGAAAAUGCUGCCCACAAGUCGCACAAGUUCCGUGCCAUGGCCACCCGAACACGCCAGGAGUACCUGCGCGACCUGGCUGAGCGCCACACCACCAGCACACCCAUCGACCCCUCUGGGAAGUUUCCUUUCAUCUCACUGGCCCACAAGAAAAAAGAGAAGAGCAAGCCAUAUGAAGGGGCAGAGCUGCGCAGCCUGGGGGCCGUGACCUGGCUGGUCCACGUUGAGGAUCACGGGACCGGAGGGGAACUGGAGGCCCUCCUUUCUAUCUCCAAUGACUUUCUCAUCCUUUUGGACCAGGAAGCCAAGGCCGUGGUGUUUAACUGUGCCACUAAGGACGUGAUUGGCUGGACGCUGGGCAGCCCUGCAUCUUUGCGGAUUUUCUACGAGCGGGGAGAAAGUGUGUCUCUGAGGAGUAUCAGUAAUAAUACUGAGGAUUUCAAAGAGGUGGUCAAACGUCUAGAGUUCCUGACAAAGGGGUGCGAAACAUCAGAGAUGACACUUCGUCGAAAUGGCCUGGGGCAGCUGGGCUUCCACGUAAACUAUGAAGGCAUCGUGGCUGAGGUGGAGCCAUAUGGUUACGCCUGGCAGGCAGGACUGCGGCAGGGAAGCCGAUUGGUAGAAAUCUGCAAAGUUGCUGUAGCAUCACUGACCCAUGAGCAGAUGAUUGACCUCCUGCGGACCUCAGUGACCGUGCGUGUUGUUAUCAUCCCUCCACAUGAUGACGCCACUCCUCGCAGAGGCUGUUCAGAGCUCUAUCGGAUACCUGUGUCAGAAUACAAGGGCGGCAGCAGCAGUGAUAGUGGCUCCUUUGAAUACAAGUUCCCCUUCCGCAGCAACAACAACAAGUGGCAGAGGACCUCCAGUAGCCCUCAGCAGUCACUGACUGCCUCACCACAGCCUCACACGCCCAACCGGGCCAUCAGUUUGGGUAGCUCAGUGGGGAAGACCCUGUCAGCUGAGAGGUUGGAGAGGGGUGCAGCCAUCCCUCGCAGUGUCAGUAGUGAUGGCCGGCCCCUGGACACCAAGAGGAUGUCUCCGGGCAGUGAGAGCUAUAGCCUGGCCUCCUCCUUGGCACUGGGGCGUUCCCCUCACAAUCGCAGCUCUCGCAACCUGUCUUGUUCCAGUGACGCCUCCGGAAGCUCUGCUCAUUGGAGACAGAAGUCCAUGCUGAGCAGUAAGAAAGGGGGGGGGGGGUUUGCAGGCAGCCGCCACUCUCCAAUGUCUGGGGAGAGACGAGAGGUGGUUGGAGAGGGCGGGUCCAGUGGAAAGUCCACCCCCAAUUGGUCGAGAAUGGAGGAAGGAGGAGGAGCCGAACGAGGCUCAACAGAGGCCCCAGUCUCCAAGUCUGGUCAAGGCUUUUCUGGAGCUCCCCGUAUCCAGAGGCAGGAGCAGGUUAUCCACCUCUCCCCGAAGAAGGGCAGCCAGUCUGACGGCCCUUACUCUGGGCACUCCAGCAGUAACACUCUAUCCAGCACAGCUUCCAGCGGGGGCCACAGUGACAGCGAUAAAUGGUACGAAAUGGGAGCGGGUGGAGGCUCCAGCGGUGACCAGGGUGAGCCAGAGCCCAACGGCCUGGGUGGAGGGGGCUACCUGCAGGGGGCUUCAGCUGACAGCGGCAUCGACACCAGUUCUUAUGGAGCCUCCCACCACACACACUCCCACUCUCAUCACGGCAGCACCACCUCCCUGCUGGCUCCCAGCGGAGGCAGGGAAAGCAGGGAGCGGUCAGUGUCCCCAUGGCACAGCCCCACCGAGGGAGGACGCAGGAUGCUGGAGAGGUCGCCAGCUGCAGCCGAGUCCCCGGGCCCUCCAGCAGAAAGGAGCCAGGACGGCACAGGCCGAACCCCACCUACCCAUCUCCUUGUUAGAGAUAGCAGUACCUACAGUCUGAGUGAGGCUGGAUCACACUCGAGUGCCAGGCACUCAGGCCACAGCUCCCCAAGAGAUGAGUCCUCCCCUUCAACCACCUCCCCCUCAUCCCAGUCCUCACCAUCCCCUGGGCCCAAGAGCUUCUACCCCCGCCAAGGAGCUCAGUCCAAGUACCUAAUUGGUUGGAGGAAACCCGGUUCCACCAUUAAUUCUGUUGACUUUGGAGACACACGCAAGAAGUCUCCAGGAGAGAGUGGUGGGGAGGUUGUUCCAACCCCAGCAGCCAGGCCCUCUCUUCGGGAUAUGCACUCACCUCAGCCUCAUGCUAAAUCUACUAUGGAGGAAGAUGUGAAGCGACACAGUGCCCCAGAAAGCCCUCCACCACCACGCAGACAUAAAGAAAAGCACCACCAGAAAUCACCACCAAGCCAGCCUCUCAGCCACCGUCGCUCACUCCAUCGCACCCUGUCUGAUGAGAGUAUCUAUCGUGGCCAGCGCCUUCCUCCCCUGUGCGACUCAGUGGCUGACCCGGCACUCAGUGGUGAUGUUCUCUUCAGCUGCUCCACCCUCCCACGCUCACCCACCACCCGCGGAGUUCCCCUCCGACGGCCUUCCUAUAAGCUGGGAGUCAAACUCCACGGUGACCUUUCAGCAUCUGACACAUCAUUGGUGGAUUUGGUGGAGCGCCAUCGUGGACCCCUCCCUCAGGAGCUGAUGCCCCUCCCGUCUCAAGACAGGGACAGCCCCCUAGAGUGGACACACCUGGUGGAUGUGGCCAGUACAUUUGAGAGUGAAAGAAACACACACUACGUCCAGAGAAGUUAUGUGUUCGGAGAUUCAAACCACCGAAAUAGUGGCGCCUCCAGUCCCCAACAGGCCCACAUAGAGCUGCAGCCCGCUCCACUGUCACGGCCCUCAUCUAGUGAGGGUCACAUAGGGCUGGAGAGGAAGGUGACUAAGCUGGAGGCCAUGGUGAAGAUGCUCCAGGAGGACCUGAAGAAGGAGCGUGAAGAGAAGGUCAGACUUCAGGGUCAGAUCAAGAGGCUGUGGGAGGACAACCAGAGACUGCAGGAGGAGUCCCAGACCUCUGCCGCUAAGCUCAAGAAGUUCACAGAGUGGGUCUUUAACACCAUCGACAUGAACUGACUCCAACUUGCACAUUUUAACACACACGCACACACAUGCACAUCACACACAUGCACAUCACACACAGUCUGGACGCAGAGGGGGAAGACAUUGUGCACAAGAACAGUGGAGACUUGUUGUUGGUCUCAAUUAGCCUGAUGCUGAACCCUCUGACCAUCUUCCAUUGGCUUCAGACAUCGGCGGGUAAUAUUGUCUACCAGCCUCAGUCUCCACUGAGCCCACUGUUACACCUCUCAGGAUGACACACAAGAAAAAUGGGCGUUUUUCAUCAGAUUAUGAAGGACUGACCUCUACUCUCCAAUGGGACCACGAGAGCGUUGCUGAAUUGAUGUUUCUCUCAUCUCGCUGUGCCAAAAUUGUUUUUGCAAAAUGGCCAACAAAGAGGAAGCUCUUCCCCUCCCUCCUCUUUCUCAAGAGGUCAGCCAUGCUUUCUUUCUCAGUGGAUGUGUUUCUCUUUUUUCUUAUGUUGCCCAGCUUGUCCUAAAAGGUGACUUGAGUCCUUUGUGCCAAACCAAACCCGCCACAGCAAAGGGUAGCAGAGACAUCCAUGUGACUUAAAGUAAAAAUGUCUCUGAAAAUGCCAAGCAAAGUCAGACAGGUCUGCCAGCCCAGCCACAACACACACACACACACACACACUCACACACACACACACACACACACACACACACACACACACACACACACACACACACACACACAAACACACAAUAAUGAAUCUGAAGUCUCAAGACCACGGGACACAGGAGAGGUUUCCAUUUACUUUACAUGUAAAUGGAAGGAAUUUUAGUGUUUCCUCUCCUCAAAGCCGACGACAUGGAAGCAGGUCAAUCUGCCUCUGAACAGGAGGGAAACAUGGAUUUGUACAGUGUUUAAAAAAAAAAUUCUCCUCUGUGUCACUUAGAUUGGGAUUACAGAAUCCUGUCUGUCUCUACAGCACAAACCCACACCUGACAGAGGAGUAUAUUUAUAAGCCAUCGGCAAGUGGUGCCAUUAACCAUAACUGAUAUCCAGAGUGCUUUGGUCCAUCCCUAUUUUAUGUGUCUUAAAAGCAAUAGGAAGAAGUCAUGACUCCUGUCUUUUCAAUUAAAGAGAGAGUUUGCUCUAAAAAGAAGUUCAAUUUGGGAAAAGAUGUUCUCAAAGUUGCUACACUUAAGACACCAGCCUCUGCUGCACAAGAGCCUCCCAUCUUCAUCCUUUGAAGCAGCGGACAUCCUGCUUCGAGGAAAAAAAGCAAAGAGGACUCCACUCACCAUCCCACUGUCUGGAAUACAGAGAGCCAGCUGAUAAGAAAUGACAGACAUGUUUUGGGAGGGAAAAGUAAGAGGGGACUUUUUUUCCCAGGUUAAUUUAUUAUCUUGUAUUAUAAUUCCAAUAAAUAAGUUGUUUUAUUCGUACAGUACAACAGACAUCAGUGUUUUAGUUCCUCAAGAUCACUAGCUGUAUUAAUUUAAUGGCUUUCUUUCUUAACUAUAUGCUUUUUAUUCUGUAUAUGUUGUACUUUGUGGUGCCCAAGCCUGCUGUCAUGUUGCUUACAGUGCCCUCUAGUGAACACCAGUGGAAAUGUCAUGAAUAUUAAAUUGGCUGCCAGUCACUCAGUAAUUUUUCCCACGCCUCUUUAACAACCAGUCAGAUGUCGACCGGGGGGCCACACAAGCACAGAUUAGGAAAACAAAAUCAGAAUUCAACUUUGAGAGACAAUCAAAACAUAAAGCAAAAUGUUGAUUUUUGAUAAAGGGAGCAGACCUGGGUGGGGGGGAGGGGGUUGCAUUUUAACAUCUAUGGUUUUCCUCAGGUUCAGUAUUUGUUAAGAAUGUGAGGAUCUUUUUGAGAAAGUUGUAGAUCAAGACAUAAGUUAUUUGGUUAGAAUAAAAUGCCCAUGAUAAGGAGCUACAGUACCUACUGUACCAGUGGCAGUGUUCGUAGUCAUUGUGUGAAUGUACAUCAGUCCAUCCGGUCGUGCCUAGAGUCACUUAUUUUGGUCAUUUACUCCCAGGCAGAGCAGGGACGUGCCUUUGAAACAGCAUCUGGGGAACAGAUAAAAGGGAAAGGCUCUUCUUCAUCCUGCAUAAACACCUGGUAACCCUCCCAAACACACACCCACACCCACAUACAGUCACCUUACUCACUUAUUCAUUGUAGUCAGUUUCAUACUCACAGUUGUAGACUGCCUCAUAAAUGUUUGUACAGGGAAUCUGCUGCGAGGCUUCAGCCUUUCUCUUGUUUCACAUGAAUAUUUUUAAGGAACCCAAUCAGGCUGGCCAGCCUCCAGACACAGGGAGUGUAUGAAGUGUAUUGGAAAUGUGUCGGUGUGUGUGUGCCUUUGCAUUCAGUUACAUGCAGUAAAUCUUUCAGGGCAGCUGGCCCCUGUAAUUAGAGUGUAUUGGAGGAAAUGUUCCCCCAAAUCACAAAGCUACUUACAGCCCAAGCUGGAGCCACAAAGCUAUUUCCUAAGCCAGGUGUCCGUGUUGGGGGUUAUUUCAGCUCGCCAACUUGAGCAUGUACAUUGAAACGGUUGUUCACAAAUGUAGUUAAAGCCUUAAUUCCUUCCCUAUCCUCUAUCAAAACCUUUUGAUGUAAAAAAAAAUAUCUCUUAAAGUACAGUUGUGUCUCGAAUUCAUGCAAUUAAAAACCCUGCAGUAUAUAGCGCAUGAACGGCACCCGGUCUGAAUGUAAAGAGAAUAUAAAUGAGCCUAAAUAAAUGUGAUGUUUACUAUAACCGACAUUCAGCUCUGCUGUUUUGCAGGGAGAUGAGUGAACUCUGUAGAAGAUGGUAGACGGUUCUGUUUUAAGAAUCUCUCGUCAGUCUGCGUGGAUUGUAACACCACCACUGAACAGUCAAAUGCUCGAUUGUUUUGCUCAGUGAUAUAAUUUGGUUGUUUUAACAGCUUAAGAAGUUGUGGAAAGGAAUCUAGUAGUCAUCUCAUCCAAUAAUGUGAAAUCCUCAAAAUAUACCCACCAUAUGAGUUCAUAGGCAGAGAUGUUCCCGAUCCAGGGCGUGUUGACUGUAAAUUGUUUUCAGCACUACGGUAUGCCGAUGCUUAAAUGAUGACUAGUAGGUUAUAUUUCGUAUUUUAUUGUACAUGGAAAGUGCUCUGGUUUUUGUAUUUCAAAUUAAGUAUGGCCAAAUGACAAACUGUGCAGAUGUUUUGCUCGCAUCUUUAAUAAAAGUUCACUUUAUACCUUAUACAAAGGCAUAAAGACACACACAAACCCGUUACUCCAUUGCGAAUGUUGAGUUCAUUUACAGUGCGUUCAGUUUUUUUUCUUUCCUCGGCUCAGUUUUUUUGGUGCUUUUCAGAAGGAUAUGAGAAAUGUAAAUGUUCAGAUGUUCAAAUGUUCCAUUUUGUAAUAUCUUUUAUUUUUAAGAACCUUUGCACAAUGUUUUAUAAAAAAGGAUUGUGUUGACAUGUUUUUAGAUAAGAAGGGUGAAUUGAUCCAUUCCUGUGCAAUCUCAUCUUGAUGUUCCUUUGUAGUUUUUCCUGCCUGUGCAGUUCCUGUCAAACCGACUUUAUUCACUUCAGAGAAUUUCAACCUUUCUUUUCCUCAAGCAUCACUGAUCAGGAGCAGGCUCGAAGUUGUUUGUUCUGUAGGGGUGCUGGUUUUCAGUCAAGCACAACUUAUGUGGUUCGAGAUUGCAGCAGGGGAGGAAGGUUUCACAACGCUCAGUCCCAACUUCUAAUGCUGUGUCGUGAUCAGUUUAGUUUCCUCCUGUUGGAAGAACAAACUUAACAGUAAAGCAAUCCGCUUCGACAGGAUAUCUAGCACACAAUUUGAAGACAACCAAGUUUUACAGAGGGGAAAAAUACUGUUUACAUCCCGGAUCCAUUGUCUUUGUGAAAUGUAAAGGUAUGAAAAAGACAUUUGCAGUGAUCACAGUAUUAAAGUUUCUGAAAUAAAUAAAUUCCGUAUCGA